AGAGGGGGUAUAACUGCUAGCGGUUACAUUUUGGGAGUCGCAUGUGAUUGCUAUGGAGUUUGCGGUUGGGUGAACCAAAGGAAGAAGAAACCUAGUUUUAUGAAGAGGACGAAACGGCCGUCGAAGCACGCAUAUCUUCUCAAGGAGGAGGAACGAUUGAGGAUUUAAGGAUUUUGAGCUCGGAUGCGGCUCUUAGACGCUCUGGUUCGCACUCCUUUGAAUUUGUUGUCUCGAUACCUGCAGUUUGAGUAUUGCAGAUCGCAGUUUGGCCAACAUUUUGUGGGUUUUUGUUCUGCUGUUGAAAUCUAUUGGGGUUUGAGUAAAGAGUAGGCUCUCAGAGAUUAGGGCUUUGAUUUGAGAUGGAUGAAGUGUGGGAAAGGGCAGUCGAGGCAGCUUUGGACGGACAGGAAGAUUCAUCUGCAGCUCGCAGCUUAACUUUGGAUGGAGCAGUUAAGUGUAUCCAUGGACGACUUCCGCCCCCUUCUCUGCUUGAAAAAUUUCAGCAAUUGAGGCAACUAUCUAUCGCAAGCGUCGGUGUUUCUUCGCUUGCCGAUUUUCCCCGCCUGAAGCAUCUGGAGAAGCUUAUUUUAAGCGACAAUCGCAUAGCCGGGGGAUUGGAGUUUCUGGUGCAGGCAGGCCUCGAGUCGCUUCGAGACCUUGACCUAUCAAACAAUAAAAUUCAGUUUAUUGAAGACCUUGAGCCUUUGGCGCAGUUAAAGCUUGUUUCGCUGGACCUUUAUGAGUGUCCUGUAACCAGAGCCGCGGAUUAUAGAGCUAGGGUUUUUGGAUUGAUUAAGACUUUGAAGUAUUUGGACAAGACCGAUGCUGAGGAAAAUGAGCGGCCUGAAUCUGAUGAGGAAGAGGAGGACGAAGAGGAUGAUGACGAUGGAGGUAGCGGAGAGGUGGAAGGGGAGGGGCUUAAGGCGGGCGUAGGGCCGCCAGAGGAGGAAGAGGACGAUGACAGUGAAGAGAGCGACGAGGACGAAGAAGAAACUGUCAGAUUCGCUUUAAAUAAUAACAAUCUUACUCAUGCGAGGACUAAUGGGAUUAGUUUCGGAGGUUCCGGGAUCGAUUCUCGCGGAAAUGACGAAGAUGAUGAAGAGGACACAUCGUCUGAAGAGGAGGAUGUCGAGGAUGAAGAGGAGGAUGCCGCUCGGUUUCGACAGUCGGCUAUGGUUGCCAAGGCGGCGAAUUUUGGGGCCCAAGUCCAUGAAGUGAGCUCUUCUGACGAUGAUGAUGUCGAAGAUGAGGAUGAGGAGGAAGAUGUGGAGAAUGUGCAGGAAGUGCAGGAUGUGGAAGAGAGUGAUGAUGACGAUGAUGAGGAUGACGAAGAUGAGGAUGAGGAUGUGGAGGAAGUGGACCUCGACGAAGACGAGGACGACGACAGUAAGCGUUUUAGCAGCGGACAGGUCGUGACAGGGAAUGAAGUAGAGGUUCAUGAAAUUGACGAGGAGGAUGAAAAUGGGGAAUUGGGUGAGGAAGAUGAUGAUGCGGAGGAAGAGGUUGAGUACGAGGAAGAGGAGGUUGAUGAAGAGGAAGAGGAUUAUGGUACAGAGUAUCUUAUUCAGCCAGUGAAACUAGCAGAGGAUGAAGAAGAAGCCAGUGACUUUGAACCAGGCCUUGAAAAUGGGGAAGAUGAAGAUGAUGAUGAGGAUGAUGAUUUGGAAGAAGAUGAUGAACAGGAGCAGAAACAAGCAACAACAUCAAAGAGAAAGAGAGAUGAAUCUGAUGAAACAGAUGAUAGUGAUGAUGAUGAGAGACCAAACAAGCGUUAGUCCAUUGCUGUUGUAUUCUUGUGCACCGGUAUCUAGCUUUCGCCUCGUUCUUGGCCAGGAAUGGAUUUGGCCUGGAUGCGUAGAUGGUGGUCUCCUUGCUGUAAACAUGUUAUCUUAUACAGAAAGUGCAUUCAAUUUUUUACUUUGUAACAAAUGUAAAAUUCAGCACAGCACGUUAGCCAUGGAGGAAAUUUGGCUUGGUGGGUUGCCUGUUUCAUCUUUUUUGUGACAUGUUACUUUGGCUAAUAUUUACCCUCUUAUACUAUUUACAUUUGUUUGA